AUGAUACAAAAUGUCUCAAAUAUUCAGAUAAAUAUGAAUGGUAUGCCGAUAAAAAAGGAAAAAUCAUUAACGACAUUUAUUGAUCGUCCCUUAUUAGAUGGUUUAAUUGAUGUUUAUCAUUCAAGUCCAUUUAAAUCCAUUUUAAGUUUUAUACUUAUUUCAUUAAUAUCUGCUAUUAUUCCACUAUCAUUUCUAUGGGUAGUACUCGUCAUUUUACAAUCAAUAUGUCAUCUAUUCACUAUUCCUGUUGGAUUAUUUUUUCAGUUUAUUUUAACACUAUGGGCAAUAACUGAAAUUAUAUUUUUAUUCUAUCAAUAUUAUCUAUCGAUUUUAAUUCAGCGACCGGCUCGAAUGCCAACAUUUUCACAAGCUGAACGUGAUUCAUUAAUAUCAUCAACUUUAGUCAAUAUGAAAGAUGUGCGUGGUUUUCUAUCCAAAUGGUUUAUGUCAUCUGCAUUUGAACAAAUCAGUCAUACCCAUAUACAAUCAUGGAUGGCCUAUGCUUUCUAUGGUAAAGAUGAAAAAACAUUAAAUGACGAUGAAUUAAAUACCGUUGAUACGUUACUAAAACGAUUGAAAAAAGACUAUGAAAUUGAAGUUGUUCAAGAAAAUCGCGAACAGCUAAAAUGUAUGAAACAUAUUUUGGAUCCUGUUUGUAUUAUAUUUCGUCCAUUUGUUUAUUAUGUUGCUACGGAUACUAUAUGUAAUAGUCUACUGGCAACAUCUGCAUUUUAUUUAAUGAAUUAUAAAUAUUAUACAGUUGGAAGUUUAUCAUUUUGGAUGUAUACAGAUCCCAAUGAAGACAAACGAAAACCACCAAUCAUCUUUUUUCAUGGUAUUGGUGCGGGUUUGCUUAUGUAUAUACCAUUUUUUCGUCGUAUACAUCGUGAGCAUCAUCAAGGAAGACGUAUUAUACUUAUCUCAUUACGUUGUAUCUGUAUGAGAUAUCCAACAUUGUCAGAUAUUCCAGAUAUGAAUGAGACGAUUGCAUCGGUACAUGAAAUAUUUCAAUAUUUUCAAUUCAAAAAAGCAAUAUUCAUUGGACACAGUUAUGGUACAGCAUGUUUAUCUUGGAUCACGAAAAAUUGUCCAGAGUACGUAUCAAAAUUAAUAUUUAUCGAUCCAAUUUGUUUUGAAUUAUUUGAGCCGUAUGUGAUAUUUAAUUUUGUCUAUCGAAAACCAUAUCGUCUUGGUCAUCUUUAUAUGUACUAUUUUGUUUGUCGCGAAUUAGGUAUUUCCCAUGUAAUUAGUCGACAUUUUUGGUGGUUUCAAAAUAUUUUAUUUGCUGAACAACUACCUACUAAUAUUCAAACGAAAGUUUUCUUAUCUGGGCGAGAUUGUAUUGUAAAUGUACAUUUAGUAAAAGAUUAUCUCAAUGAAAAUCGGAUUGAUUUUCACUGGGCACCAAAGCUAUCACAUGGUGGUUAUAUGCAAGAUAAACAUAGCUGGGAUAAAAUAGCUGAAUGGAUUUAA